CUGCGCCACUUGUUUCCGGUACAACUUCUGGUUAGAGUUCUCAUUCUGAUACGUUUAAACGUUUUAUCAUACUCACGUUAUUUAUUUUAAGCAUGUAAAUAUGAGCAGGUUAUGUGAAGAAUUGUCGCUCGAGCACAUAGACGAUUGGUUUGCCAUCGGUAAAGCAGCCACUGCUAGGACAGUUAAUCGUAGCACGACAGGUGGUCAUGGCUGGAGUCUACAUACCGGCCCAGUUCCAGCCCGUAUUGUAGGCCGAGGUGCUGCAACUGCAAGUGCAAGGAUUGAUACAGAAGGUUAUGAAGAUUCAGAGACAGAGUACGCUGCGAAAUACACAGAAGAGGAGGAGCAAUCUAUUAUUCAGAAUGAUCCGAACGCUGAUGCUGUGGCAUCCACCUCCUCAGCUGCUAAGUCAUCUAACAUUGAUGACAUCGAGUUGGACAGUUUUGGUGCUGGAAGCGAUCCAGAAGAUGAAGAGAAGCAGGCAGUGUCUGUCAGGGUCUACAAGAAUUACCCGUUCAAGCGCAGCUACGAUCGAAGUCUUGUCAUCACCAAGUAUCGCGAAAAGAUCUUGAACACGAUCGAGAGCAAUCAGGUGACAGUGAUCCAGGGAAGCACUGGCAGCGGAAAGACGACCCAGGUGCCACAGUACAUCCUGCACCACUACACGGCGAUGGGACGCCAUUGCAACAUCAUCGUCACGCAGCCACGGAGGAUUGCUGCCAUCAGCAUUGCGAACCGGGUGUGCAAGGAACAAGACUGGCACGUUGGCAGGCUCGUCGGUUACCAGGUUGGGCUCGAAAAGGUUGUGUCCGAUGACACGCGUCUGGCGUACGUCACCACGGGAGUGCUGCUGGAGAAAUUCGUGCACGGCAAGACGAUGACGGAUUACACCCACGUCAUUCUGGAUGAGGUGCACGAGCGUGACCAGGAUACAGACUUUGCCCUGCUUGUCGUCAGAAAAUUACUCAGAUCAAACUCUAGGCAUGUCAAGGUGGUGCUGAUGUCGGCUACGUUUGACUGCGACAUGUUCGCACAGUACUUCUCCAUUCCAGUGGAAGGUCACUUAGAGCCUGCACCAGUGUUUAACAUUGAAGGAAAAUCAUUUCAAGUACAGGAGUUCUACGUCGAAGAACUGAGGACGAUAGGAACGGUACCUCUGCCAGAUCCUUAUGAACCAAAGAUUACCGAUGAAGCGAUUGAUCUCACCUAUAAGUUGAUAAAGGAGUUUGAUAGGAUGGAGAUGAGAGAGCAGAACGUUCAGGCCGGCCGGUUCGCACCGCAGCGGGACUCCGUCCUCAUCUUCAUGCCCGGGAUCUUCGAGAUCAGGAGAAUGGACGACAUCCUCACGAGCGAUCCGUCGUUGGGUUACUGGGUGCUGCCACUGCACUCCACUAUAACAGGAGAGGAGCAGGCGAGAGCAUUCAACAAGCCAAAGCCUGGGCAACGCAAGAUCAUUCUGAGCACAAACAUCGCAGAGAGUUCGAUCACCGUACCGGACGUGAAAUUUGUCAUCGACUUCUGUCUGACGAAGAGCCUCGUGUGCGACACGGAGACCAACUACACGAGCCUGCAGCUGGAGUGGGCGUCGAAGGCGAACUGCGUGCAGCGGAAGGGCCGAGCCGGCCGCGUGUCGAGCGGCCGCGUCUACCGCAUGGUCACGAGGAAAUUCUACGAGAGCUGCCUGCCGGAGUACGGCACGCCGGAGAUGCAGCGAUGCCCUUUGGAGAAGCUGGCAUUGAAGGUCAAAGAACUUGACCUUGGUGAGCCAAAGGCGAUCUUGGGCCUUGCACUGCAGCCUCCCAACCUGAGUAACAUAGAGCGCACUAUUCUUCUAUUAAAGGAGGUAGGAGCGCUGCGGCUCACGAGUCGAAACGAGUUCAACGCGUACGACGGAGACCUGACGUUCCUUGGCCGCAUGCUCAACUACCUACCCGUCGACGUGCGCCUCGGCAAGCUGCUGUUCAUGGGCCACGUGUUCGGCUGCCUCAACGAAUGCCUCAUCAUAGCGCUGCAGCAAGAUUGGCUGUGGCACAUGCAGUUCAAACCGGAUGGAGGGCGGAGCCGACAGCAAGAUGAGUACAACUGGUGUCGGAGUUUCAUGAUCCAGAUGAAACGCCUGCACGAUACGGAGAUGUUGAUAACUGAGCUACAGAAAAGGCUGGCAAACUUCAACAUACACCCUCCGUCGAUGCCCACUAGUAACUAUAUGGCCUCAGAAGACUCUCUUGUCUUAAAGAUGGUGCUCUGUGGCGCCUUCUACCCGCACUACUUCAUCAAUGGAGAGCUGGAUGAGGCAUGUGUCGUGAAAGAGCUGUCUGGAAAAGACCCGUACAAGACAGUCAUGAUAUGGGGAUUGCCUGCAGAAGAAAAUAUCUUGUACAAAUCGCCCAUUGAGAAGCUGCUGCGGGACUGUGAGUCUCCGUUCAAGACUCACUUCGAAGGGUCCAAAGCGUACAUCGAGUUUCAAUCAAGAGACAUGCCGGGGCGACGUUUGCCGGAGGACAACAGGCGUGUGAGCCGGAUCAACGAGGCCGUCUACCUAGCUGUGAAGAUGAAGCAACUGAAAAUGCCAGGGUUAUUGCUAGAGAUGCUAGACAAGAACGUAGUGAAAAACGCACUGCUAGAGAUGGGAAAACAGGCGGAGAACCAGAGGCGAUCUCUGCAACUUGGAACCAACAGGGUUACGGCAGUGACUCGGAAUGCAGCCAUGGGAGCGUCGGGAGGCGGUCGCGACAAACAAGUGGCGCUACCUAAGCUCAGCACUUCCUGCGUAAAACUCCGCCCCCUACAUGUGGUGCGGUGUGGACAUUUCUGGGCAGCAUAUGACGAUGACGACACGAGUUCCUUGUUAGCGGCCGUUCAGCUGGGUAUUGGACGCGUCGUCGACUCUCUGCCGCUGCUGCAGCCCGUUCUGCUGGACAUGCCCUGCCUCGCACCGUACCUGGAUCCGAGCACGGACCACGUCGACUACUACCGCGCAACCAUCGACAAGAUCGUCAACGCUCAGCACGUGCUUGUGUUCUUCGUCGACUACGGAAAUACGGAGGUGGUCGCUCGGAACAUGUUGCGAGAGAUGCCAGCCGACCUCCGGGAGCUUCCGUCUCAGGCCAUGGAAUGCAUACUGGCUGAGAUUCAGCCGUCGCCUGUUAUGUGUCCGAACGGAGAGUGGAACGAGUCGUCGGACACACUCUUCAAGCAGCUGCUCUACGGUGUCGUCGUCUUCGCCAAGGUCUACUCGGUGGUCAACCACGUGCUGAGAGUCCACCUGGUAGCGCGUCUGCCCAACGGGACGGAACGCAGUUUCAAUGAGGAGCUUAUAAAGAGAAAAUUUGCCUGUCCUGUAAAGGAGAGCUACCUGUCGGAGCAAAACCACAAGCAGAGAGAGGGUGUCCAGUCGGGCCUGAUCAAGGAGGUGGAGGACUCAGAGCAGGACGAUUGGAUGACCGUGAGCGUAUCGAUUGACUACCACUCGGCAAAGAAGCAACCAGGCAGUCGGGUACAGCUGCGUGGACCCCAUAGCCCACUUGAAAUGAAGAUACAUGGAAUGACGACUAUCUCCAAAGUCAGGCGAGUUAUCGUGGAACGAGACAGCGUCAAUUCAGUGUUGCUGGACAGCGAACCUAAUGACAGUCAUGCACGCCUCAUCGUAGCAGCCGGCGUUGGCCUCAGUCCCUCAGGUACUACGAUUACUGCCAGAAACACGUCCCUCCUCCCAAACAUACAUGGUCUUCCAGCCUUAGCCGCACUACUAUUUUGUCCCUACGCUGAAUUAAGGGCAGACAGAGCGAAAACUCGCUACACGGGUGCAUUGUGUGGGCUCGGGCCAGAUAAACGUGCCGCUGGAAACUCCCUGUUUUCUGACCAUGACAUCGAGAUUUGUUUCGACACUCACUUUGAUAUCAACGACCUCGUAAUGAUCAAACUGCAUUCGCUUGGAGAUCAACAACCGGCAGAU